AUGUGCAAAAACCUCGCCAUGGCGGACGUCCCCGUCAAGACGAGCCUUCCGAGGAAGAGCGCCUUCUCCUGCGAGGCGUGUCGCAAACGCAAGGUCAAAUGCAAUGGUGCCAGUCCGUCAUGUUCACGAUGUGCGGCUCGUGGCGAUACGUGCGUGUAUAGCCUAGCUCCCACACUCUCCUACACAAAGCAACUGGAGAGUCGAGUUGCUCAGCUGGAGGAUGCGCUAGCAAAACUCCGAGACAAACAGAGCCCAGGCAGGAAGGAAACAUCGCCUGCUUCGACAAGCGAUUCCAGUGCGAGUCCCAAGCUUCAAUACAAGCUCAAGCAGGAACAAGAGGGCGGCCAUGAAUUACCCAGAGAUUUCGAAGGCCUGCAGGUGGGAGAUGAUGGUCGAAUAUCUUUUCACGGCCCGACCAGUUUAUUUCAGUUGCCGAGCGGUCUGGGCAGCGGAACCUCAACGUCUACUCAUCUUGUCCAGGAGCUAGAAGCCCGGAAAGAGCGACUCAUCAAUAAUGCAUGGCGCGAAAGGGCUCUUGAGCAGAUGGCUACUAUACCGGAACCAUUUCAGUAUCUUCUCGACUCCCACUGGUGCUGGAUCCAACCUCUCUUCAACUUUGUCUAUCGGCCUGCAUUUACUCGCGACAUGAAAAUCAACGGGCCUUAUUAUUCUGAUAAUCUCCUGGACGCAAUCCUGUGUCACUCUGUACGCUGGUGCAAGGCAGAGCCGAACGUCGGGCCCCUUUUGGAACAAUAUGACAACGGUGCUCUAUUCCAUCGGCGCGCUGUAUCCCGUCUCUGCGAGAGCCUACAGUCUGGUUUUAUUUCAAUUCCCACGGUACAAACAUUGCUCCUGCUCAGUGCACAAGAAUGCGGACGAGGAAAUCGAAUCCAGGCUUGGCUGUACAGUGGGAUGGCAUUUCGUAUGCUUGACGACUUAGGAAUCACCAUCGACAGCCGCAAAUAUUCGAAUUCUGCACAAUUAACAGAUGAGGACAUUGAAAUUCGAAAUCGCCUUUUUUGGAGCUGCUAUUUCUGGGAUAAGCUCAUCUCCUUGUAUUUUGGCAGAGCUCCAAUCAUGCAGCACUCAUCGGUCAGCCCGCCACGGAUGAUACUGGACGAUACUGCGGAGAUGGAAUCCUGGGUGCCUCAUGGCGUGAUCUUCCCAGACGGCACCCAUUACCCCCCUGCUCAAGCCCAUUCCACCUCGUGCUUCAUGAAAAUGUGUGGGCUAGCGGAAAUUCUCAAUCAGAUCAUGAUUCACAUAUAUGACCCCAUGAGGAAGAGCUCAGAGGCCGAGUUUCUCAAUUGCAUACAGGAGCAAGGACAGAACCUUGCAGAGUGGUGGGAGGAGCUCCCGGACUACCUGAAGCUGGUGGCUACAGACCUUCCUCCCUACUGUCCACCGAGCCAUAUUGUCCUUCUCAACUGCCUAUAUCAUACGAUCAACAUCCUCCUUCACCGCCCAAUCCUCUGCUCCCACAAGUUAUAUCAAUCCCGAAAGAACGAUUGGGACAAGACGCAUCUAGUCCAGUGUAUGGCCUCAGCAACUACCAUACUGUCCCUUUACGAUUUAUACUGCCGCACGUUUGGCGACAGUCAUGUCGUCCUUUCCCUUGCAUACAGCGUCUACACCGCCGCAUCCAUCUUUCUGCUAGAAAUUCACGCGUUGAAGUUCGCUGCGACUGGCACACUUGAUAAACUCAAGUUCUGCAUCAUCGCCUUGGAAAGAGUCAAACCGGCGAAUCCCGUUAUCUCAACAGCACUCGGUUUGAUCUAUCAGGAUGUGCAGAAGUUACAGAUUGAUCUGCACAUCCCGAUUCCUAUUCCACACCAGGACUCACACACUCCUCCUCCAUCCCAUUCUUCGCAUUCGGGAAAUCCAGGCAACGGGUCUCGUCGUGUCUCCCCGGGACUGCAACGGACAGCCAAUAAUACCCCUCUGGGAACAACAAGCACGCCAGCUAUGGGUACCGCCAGAGAUUCUCAUCCGGGAUCCAUCCUGCAAGGCGGAUUUCCCCUGCAACAACAGCCGGCAAUGGGCUUUGGGCUCUCCCAGCCGAACAUCCCGCAAAUGCCACCGACGCACCAUCUAGGCGGAAUGCCUAACGCCGUGAUGACGAUGGACGGGCGCGGCGCGUAUGAGAUCACCCCGGAGGUUUUUGAAGCGUUUUCAUAUGCCGAGCCGAUCUCGACCAACAUGACUCCUACGUUUGAUACGUGGCAUGCCUAG